AUGACAUAUGGUACUAUAAACGAGUCACUGUCCAAACCAGAGGUUCUGAAGCCCGAUAUCGCUGCGACAACCUCCAACUCAGCAUUAUCAAUACCAGACUCCAUCGUACAGGAACCCUCCAAGUCAGCUCAAAUACGUCAGAAAUCUCCAUCAGAACAAGAUAAGACAAUACGAAAUCGAGAACGUGGCAGGGACAUGCGUUACAAACGACCCAGCGAACUGCGUUCACGUGGAACCACGCCUCGGGGAAAAACCAUCAAGUUUUGUGAAAUAGACGAGCAAGAUACGGAAGAUAUGUCGUCCGAUGGGACUUCGGUCUCAGAUGAUGGCCCCAUUCUCGGACUUAAUGAAGAAACCGGGAGUGGGUCCACCGUCAUCGCCAGUGGUUCUAGUUCGGCGUCGUUAGAAUCAAUAAACGAAAAGGAAAAUCCAAAAGUAAGACCAGUUUAUCGACCCGUGUUUACAAAAUCUCAUGUUAUUCUAGCGAUAGUGGAUGAAUACGAUCUUAUUCCGAAAUCUGGUUCACGACCAGUCAUCGUUCUUGACGAUGAAGAUCAAGAGUUCAUAGACGCCUGGAUCCCUGAAUUCUAUGUGGAACCGGAACAGCAUAUCCAAUACCCGCUCUAUUCUGACGUCCUCCGCGGAGGACCCCCGCCAUUGAAAGAAGCGGCCAAAUCUCUUUGA